UAUGCAAAGAUCCCAUGGUUGUUGCUGAUAAAAUUGGAGACAAUGCUUCUGAAUGCAUUAGAGCUAUAUGUCGUAAAGGUUUACGGCCAAUAUUGAAAGAUUUUACUUCUGUCCGAAAAUUUUUGCCACCUGAAAUGACAACCAUUAUGUUUGAUCGAUAUCCUGCUAAAAAUCGGCAAGUCUUACCGCAUAAUUAA